AUGGCAGACGCAACUCAGAUCGAGGCAGAACUCCCCGAUCCCGGACGAGGAUGCCCACCGGCGCUAUCGAUUAGCCCUGAUCCAGAUCGGUACCCGGGCGGCGAUGCUGAGGGCGGCGGGGUACGUGAGAGCAUGCCUGACCAGGCCACCGAUUGGCCGGGCACCAAAGAUACCGAGCCGAAAACGGAAAAUCAAACCCAGAUCCAACUCGAUCAAGGCCAGAUCAAACUUGAUCCCGAGGCAAUACCCCCGAUCUGCCCUACUGAGGGCGUCGAACAACGAGAUCCGCCGGCAGAAGGGCCCGCAGCGACCACCUCACAGGAUACCGAGGACGAGGUGGAGAUAUACUACCACGACAGCGGCGAUCUCUCAGCGGAAGAUUUGGAAGGAAAUUUGGCCGUCCUCCCCGAGAUCCCGAUCUCGAAAACCGCGGAGGUGAGCAUCGAAGAUCUGCAGGUUGGAGACUCGGGAUCGGCCACAUCGGAGGAGAUCGAGAGACUCCGGCAAAUAAUCUGGAAGAAACGACACCUACUGAUCGGAAAAGGGAACGCCUUACCCCCAGCAGCCAAGGGCGUCGUGUGCGAUAUCGAUGUUGGAAAUGCGAAGCCGAUCGCACUGCGAACCCGGAAAGUGCCCACGCGAUUUCGCGAAAAAGUCGCAGGCCUGAUCAAAGGUCUCCUGGCAGCCGAGAUCAUCCGACCCUCGACAUCACCAUGGGCUUCGCCGAUCGUGAUUGUUCAGAAGAGUAACGGUGUCGAUAUCAGACUGUGCAUUGAUUACAAGCUGAUCUAUCAGCGCCUCGUGGACAACGCGCUGUAUGGAUUUUUGAAGAUCUCGCGAUCCGGCGACGCUGGGGCCACAACGGAUGUGUUCCAGACCGGGAUCGCGGACGAUCCUGAUCGCGAGUCAGUGCUGGGUCGGAGAUCGUACAUCGACGACAUCAUGACCUCAGCGGAAUCGUGGGACCAAAUUUGCCGGAGAGUGGAGAAUCUGUUGGAGGCUUGUGAUAAGUGGAAUUUG